UAGCCCAACAAAACCUCCGGUCUCAUCAUCGCCGCCGUGAAGCCCCCAGUUCCCACGGUUCCCCCACGACGCCGGCGAUGGGCAAGCGGAAGCAGCGCGGCGGCGGCGGCGGAGAACCCGCCGGGGAAGGCGAAGCGGCCACAGGCGGCACUGGAGGUGGGCACAGCCCGUCCACCGUGUUCGUCUCCAACCUGCCCUAUACCUUCAAGUCCUCCGAUCUCGAGGCGGUGUUUAGCGAGGUCGGCCCGGUGCGGCGUUGCUUCAUGGUUGCGGAGAAAGGAUCGGAGACGAGUCGAGGCUUUGGGUUCGUGCAAUUCGCAACUGUUCAAGAUGCUGAGCGAGCUAUUCAACAAAAGAAUGGAUUUCCUGUUGCUGGUAGGAAAAUCAGAGUUAAGCUAGCAAUAAAUCGUGCCCCACUGAAGGAACGCUUGCAAAAGAAAGAGAAUAUACAAGCAAAGGACUCUGAUGCAAAAGAUGAAGCAGAUGAUACUUCUGCUACUGUAAAGCAUAAGGAGAGUUCCAUUAAGGCAGAUUCAGAGAAACCACAGCUGUUGGCAAAGGAUGCUAUGGUAUCAAAGGAAGCUUCCAUUGGUGACAGCGAUAAAGUGAAAAGUUCUGAAAAGCAAAGGGUUGCAAAAACGGUGAUUUUUGGUGGUCUGCCAGACUUUGCCAUGGCCAGUGAGGUUUUCCGUCAAGCUGGAGAGAUUGGUCCGGUUGUAUCUGUAAACUAUCCACUUCCCAAAGAGGAAAUGGAACUCCAUGGACUUGCUCGAGAUGGAUGCACAUCAGAUGCAGCAGCUGUACUCUUUGCAAGUGUCAAAUCGGCUUGGGAUUCUGUUGUCCGCCUACAUCGUAAGGAAGUCAAGGGAGCAAUUGUUUGGGCUCGCCAACUUGGAGGAGAGGGUUCAAAGAUCAGGAAAUGGCGAGUGAUUGUCAGGAACCUGCCAUUCAAGAUUACAGAAAAGGAGAUAAUGGAUAUGUUCAGUUCAGCAGGGUUUGUCUGGGAUGUGUCUAUUCCUCAUAAGUCUGAUGAGGGGUUAUCAAAAGGCUUUGCUUUUGUAUCAUUCACACGGAAGCAGGAUGCAGAAAAUGCUAUAAAAAAUAUUAAUGGAAAAGUUGUAGCUAAGAGACCGGUGGCUGUUGAUUGGGCUGUUCCAAAAAAAGUAUACACUGUUGCGGCAAAAUCAGGUGCCGAGGAUAAUGAGCUUGCGAAUGUACCUGACGAUGGCAGUGAUGAUGACACCUCUGAAGAGAACCUUGUUGGAGAAGAUGAUAGCUCUGAACUUGAUCAGGAGAUUUCUAAUCGUCCAUCUGAGGAUGAUUUCAAAACUGAAGUAGAUAUUUCUAGAAAAGUUCUUGAAAAUUUGAUCAAGUCAUCAGAGAAGUCUGAACCAUCUGGUGUUGACGGUUCAGAUAUUGAUACUGACACUGAAACAGAAAAUGACACUCCAGAAAAGAAGAAACCUGAGUCACCUGUAGCUGGCAAGUCGGCUAAGUCGAAACGUGUAACAGAUGCAAAAAUCACUGAUCCUGCUUCCAAACCUGAUAAAAAGGAUACAGACCUGGAUAGGACUAUAUUCAUCAGCAACCUUCCUUUUGAUAUAAGUAACGAGGAGGUAACAAAGCGCUUCUCAGUUUUUGGGAAGGUUGAAUCUUUCUUCCCGGUUCUUCAUAAACUCACAAAGAGACCUAGAGGUACUGGUUUCCUGAAGUUUUCUACUGCAGAGGCAGCUGAUGCAGCAGUUUCUGCCGCCAAUGCUGCUCCUGGCUUAGGUAUAUUUAUGAAGAGUAGGGCACUUAAUGUUAUGAAAGCAAUGGACAAGGAGUCGGCUCACAAAAAGGCACUUGACAAGGCAAAAACUGAGGUUGAGGAUAGACGGAAUCUGUACUUGGCCAAGGAGGGUGAAAUACUUGCUGGAACACCAGCUGCUGAAGGUGUGUCAGAUGCUGACAUGAAUAAACGUAACUGGUUGGCUAGAAGGAAAGCGGAGAUGCUUCAGUCUCCAAAGUUUCACGUGUCCAAAACAAGGCUUAUCAUCUACAAUUUGCCUAAGACUAUGACCAUUAAUGAUGUAAAGAAGCUUUGCAGAGAAGCAGUCAUUUCUCGUGCUACCAGACAAAAUCCUGUCAUCCGGAAGGUAAAUAUCCUGAAGAAUGAAAAGAAAGGGGUACAGAAACAUUCGCGUGGUGUAGCCUUUGUUGAUUUUCAAGAACAUGAGCACGCUCUUGUCGCUCUAAGAGUUCUAAACAACAACCCUGAAACCUUUGGUGCAGAACGGCGUCCAAUUGUGGAGUUUGCUCUUGAGGAUGUUGAAAAGGUUAGGCUUCAGAAGAUUCGAAUGGAACGCAAUCGGAAGUCAGCAGCAGAAGCUGCAGAAGAUCAGCAGAGUCCUUCAGGGGAUCAACCUGCAGGCGAUGGCAGUCAUGCAGGUAGCAGAAGGACAUUCAGAAAAGGUAACAAGCAGAGAUCACAUGAUAGACCAUCUAAACCAUCCGAUUCUGGCGAAGGGCCUGCCAAGGAUCCUGUUGCUGGAGAUCAAAGUGCUGUGGAAGGUGUAAGAAAGGGAAGACCUGCAAAGAGAUCAAGGAAGUCAAAUGAGGGUACCGUUUUGGCAGAUCGAGAUCGAAAAGAUGCAACCCCAAUUGCUGCUGGGAAUCAAGCUGUGUCGAGCGAGCAUGAUCAAUCAGUUGCUCCCAAGAAAAGGAAAAACAGAAAAGACGGCCAGACAGAGCAAAAGAGAGGAAAGGCUACAAAAAGGACAAGGAAAGAACCUACCGGGGAAGGAGGCGUCGAUAAGUCACUGGUGGAGCAGUAUCGUUCCAAAUUCUUGCAACAUGGCGUGAGCAAAACCAAAGCGUAGUUUAGUGGGAUUGCUGUUGGAGUGCAGCACGGUGAUUUGAACCAGCGUGUCGAAGGCUACGUUUCCAAAGAGCACGCCUCCACAAACCUUUUUAACCCCUUCCGGGUAUGCCAAAAUUUUGGUUGUAAUGUUGUGAUCGUCUUGGUCGAUCUGUACCCUGGAUGAUAUUGACUGAUAUUUGUCGAGGAAUCUAUUUACAGCCGUAUGAGUCAGCUUUCCUAUUCUGGGAUGCUA